GCCAUGUUGGAAAUUUCUGCAGAUUCCUCAGAAAAGUUUGUGCAGCAUUUUUAACGAUUACUCAGUGGUGCAUGGUCCAAUGACGCAGUACACACUCCAUUCCUGAGUACUAUAUCUGCAGAAUCGUUACAGAGUACAUACGGUGAACUUGUCUGACCCUGGCUUUACAAUGAGUGAUGGUAUAACAGACACAAGUGUCAAUAAGUCUGACACUAACUUGACAACUACUGCUAACAAUACAGAAGAGAUAGGUGAGCCUGACAAAGGCAUAGUUAUAGAUAAGUUUGUUGGUGAGGGGGAAGUUAAUCUAGUUGAUGCUUGUGUUGAGUGUCCAGGGGAAGAUAAUGAUAAGGUUGAUGUAAAUCAGCCAUCGAAUAAUGAAUCUGAAACAAUAGCAUCUAACAAUGAACUGGAUAGCCAAGUAAACAAUGAUGGUGAUGAUUGCAGUCAAGGGAAUACAAAUGAACAAGAAAUAGAAAUAGAUACCAUUCAAUGUAAAGAUGAAGAUACUGACCAAGAGGCUUCUGUGGACAAUGAAACAGAAGAUGUUAGCAAUGAUAUUGUGGAAACUAGUGAAAUUCAAGUUGCUGAUGUUAAACAAGUUAUUGCUGACAGUGACACAUUGAAGAAUGAAUGCAAUGAUAAGGAGCUGAAUGAAGAUGCUAAAAUUGAAUUACCAUGUGCUGCUUCAGAUGAGACGGAUGUGCUUGAUGAUGUAAAAGCAAGUGAAAGUGUAAAUGAAGCAAACAUCCAAGUUAGUGAACAGAAAGAAGAAAGUGAAAACAAAUCUGCUAAUGACAAUAGAACUGUCGAAUCGGAUCAAGAAGUUGAACAACUCAUCAGUGAAGUUGAUGUCAUCAAUGAAACUGAGUCUUCAUUAACAUCUUCCCAAGAGAAAAUCAAAGAUCAAAAUGAGUUAACAGAGGAGACCCUGAAUGAAGAAGAAAAUGAUAAUGAUGAAAAUUCAAAAUCUAAUGAAAGUGAGAAAAAAGUUGACAACAAACCUAAAGAUGAUAAUGCUACAAGCCAUCAAGCAAUAGACAAGGACAUAAAACAAAAAUCUCAGAAUGACAAUGAUUCGUCUGUGAAGAGUCCUGGUGAAAAAGAUGCAUCUCAUCGAGAUCGAGACCGUGAAAGAUAUCCUAAAGAGAAGGAAUCAAAAAGCAAAACUUACAAAGACAUUAAAGAAAAGCCAUCCAGAUAUAGUGAAACAAGAGAAAGAAGCAACAAAGAUUCAAGAGAAAGAUCUAGGAGAGAUGAGAAAGGUAGUGGUAAAAAAGAAGAGAAACCGAGUAGAUUUGAAAAAUCUAAAGAUGAUAAGAGAAGUACCCACAAGUCAGGUGAUACGAAAUCUCGAUUUGAGGAAAAAGGUGUUGCCAAGAGUAAGAGUGAGAUGGGGACACCAGGGAGGUUCUCCUCUAGCAGGGGACGCAAGGACAGUGACCACUCAAAGACUGAUAAGGACCAGACCAAGUUUGACAAGGAGCCUGCCAGGAAGAAGGACCACUUAGCACAGGGAGACUCAAAGUCAAUUGAUAAAAAUAAAGAAGCUUCCAAAGGAGAAACCCAUAAAGAAAAAUCUGAUAAGGCAAAGAACAAGGCCCCAACAGCUGCUGAAUUAGAAGCUGAGUUGCAGAGGGAAGCUGAGGAAAAGAUCAGAAAAGCCGAAGAAGAAAAGAAAAAAGUAGAGGAAAAAAUCAAGGCAGAGGAGGAACGGCAGAGAAAGAUCGAGGAAGAUAAAGCAAAAGCCUUUGAAGAAGAAAAGAAAUCAGUUGAGGAGUAUGCCAUCCAAGCCAAGGAGAUAAUCACAUGGAAAGAGGAACUAAGAGAGAAAAACAGCCAUGCUGAGGAGAACAGGCCAGAGGACUCUUUCUUUAGCAAAUUGGACUCCAAAGUGAAGAAAAAUACUGCAUUUGUAAAUAAAUUGCGUAAUUUGACUGAGACUCAAAAAGAUGCCCUGACAAAAGAAUUCAACAGUUUGAACCUGAAUAGAUAUAUUGGCGAAUGUGCUGCAGCUAUUACAGAAGCCAAGUUGAAGAUGUCGGACAUCCCAUGUGCUGUACACAUGUGUUCUCUACUGCAUCAACGCUAUGCAGACUUUGCUCCUGCUCUACUAGAGAACUGGCAUAAAGUUCUCAUGACCAAGAAAGAUGAAAAGGUGCCAAAUGCUAGCAAACUGCGUGUGGAUCUCCGUUUCUUCGCUGAGCUGAUAUCUGUGAAGCUAUUCACCAUGAAAGAAGGUCUUCCCCUCCUCUCCACACAGUUGUCAGUCCUCAUCAACAAUGACAAGGAGGACCAUAACAAUCUGCCUAUACUCAUCAGCUUCUGCAAGCACUGUGGUGACGACUAUGCUGGGUAUAUACCACGCAAGUUCAGGAUCCUAGCUGAGAAACACAAUGUUGAGAUCCCCCGUAGUAAAUUGCUACCUCCGGAGAGACAGAAAGCUUGCAAUAAGAUCAUAAAGACUUACUUUGACUCUUUAGCCAUCCAUCUGAAGAAUGAUCACACUGAUUUGAAAACAAUGGAGAAAGUAAACAGGAAGGUCUUACAAACCAAAGGAGAGCUAUCUCCUCAGCGCACGGAGCAGUCUGAGGCCAUGGUGACAGCAUUUUCCAAACUACAUGCGAAUACCCUGAUAUUUGCAGAUAUCAUUAAUGAAGAUAUGCCUGAAUUACCAGAAGAUGAAAAGGAUGCUGAUGGAGGAAUGGAUUUCUUUGAUGGCUCUAAGCUUGGGGAGUACCAGUAUGAAGGAGAAGGCGCUCUAUUUGAGGAUGAAGAGACCAGAGCUUUCUAUGAAACUUUGCCUGAUCUAAAGGAAAUCAUUCCUAGGAUUCUGUAUAAAGACAGUGCUCCAGCAGCCCCAGUUGAGAAAACACCUGAAGAGACAACUGCAGAGGAGGAUUUGAAUGUGGAGGACAUUGAGAAAGAACUUGCCAUUGAAGGAGAGAAGAUCAAGCAAGAGGAGAAGAACAAGUCCAAGAAAGAUGGAGAUAAAGAUAAUAAUGAUGAUGCAGAACAUCCUGUGCUUGUAGAUAUAGAUGAUGAGGUUGAGGAUACAACUGGUGCCUCUAUGAAGAUGGAGUUAGAAGCAUUCUUGCAAAGUCUCCCACAGUGUGUCAAUAGAGACCUCAUAGAUUCAGCAUCGGUUGACUUCUGUAUGAAGUUGAAUAUAAAGACCAACAGAAAGAAACUUACCAAGGCCUUGUUUACUGUGCAAAGAACCAGAUACGACCUCUUGCCGUUCUACUCAAGAUUUGUGGCAACCCUAUUUCCUAUCAUACCUGACGUCGCUAAUGAUCUGAUGACCUUUCUCAAAGGAGACUUCAAAUGGCAUGUCAGGAAAAAAGAUCAAAUUAACAUUGAGUCUAAAAUAAAAACUACAAGAUUUUUAGGAGAACUAGUCAAGUUUAAAAUACUUCCAAAAUCAGAGGUACUUCACUGUUUAAAGAUGUUGCUGUUUGACUUUAGCCAUCACAAUAUAGAAAUGGCUUGUGCCUUGUUAGAGACGUGUGGUCGAUUUUUGUAUAGGUCCCCUGAUUCUCAUCAUAGAACCAAGGUUUAUUUGGAGGUAAUGAUGAGAAAAAAGACUGCACUACAUCUUAGCUCGCGCUACAAUACUAUGAUAGAGAACGCCUUUUACUACAGUAACCCCCCAGAGAUAGCCCCCAUAGAGAAGAAAGUCAGACCCCCGAUGCAUGAGUAUAUACGCAAAUUACUCUACAAAGAUCUCAGUAAAACCAAUAUAGAAAAGGUGCUCAAACAACUCAGGCGAUUGGAUUGGGAUGAUAAACAAAUUAGUUUCUAUGCGACUAAGUGCCUCAUUGCCAUUUGGAACAUUAAGUUCAACUGUAUACAUUGUGUGGCAAACCUUCUGGCUGGGCUGGCCCCAUACCAUGAACAUGUUGCAAUAUCUGUUGUUGAUGCCCUUCUGGAGGAGGUUAGGCUUGGAAUGGAGAUGAAUCACCCCAAGUACAAUCAGCGCAGGAUCAGUGUUGUGAAAUAUCUAGGAGAACUAUACAAUUAUCGUAUGGUUGAGUCUGGAGUCAUCUUCAAGAUGUUAUACUCCUUUAUAACAUUUGGUGUGUCAUUAGAUGAGAAUACAUCAUCUCCAUUGGACCAGCCAGAGCAUUUGUUUAGACUGCGACUAGCAUGUUGUUUGUUAGAUACAUGUGGACAGUACUUUGAUAGGGGAUCCAGCAAGAGGAAACUUGAUUGCUAUCUGGUCUAUCUCCAGAGGUACUAUUGGUUCAAGAAGAAGAAUCCCAUCUGGAACAGUGAUAGACCAUUCCCCAUGGAUGUAGAGUACAAUUAUCGUGAUACCAUUGAACCACUUAGACCUAAGAUGCAGUAUGCUGAGAAUUAUGAAGAGGCAUGUCAACUGUGUGAAGAACUUGAAACUGAAAUAAAGAAAAAGUUAGCUAAUGUCCUGCCAAUCAUAGAGACAGAUGGAAGCCAGAGUGAGGGAGAAGCCAGUGAUGGUCUGGGAACUAUUAGAGAAGAUGAUGAAAACAUGGAUGAGUUGAGUCAGAGAGACAGAGGGGCUGACCUGACAGAAGAGAGUGAGAGUGAAGGAAAUAAUGCCACUAGCAGUCAGAACCAAACUACAGAGGGAGAGGAAGAGGAUGAGAGUGAAGACAUGUUAGAGUCUGCUGGGGAAGAUGAAAGUGAAGAUCAGGUGACUGUGUUGAAUGGUGGCCUGAAGGUGAUAAAGUGCGAGGAGGAUGACGGAUUCCUUGCAGACUUUGAGAAAAUGAUGGCUGAUAACAUUCAGGCCAGGAAUAGGGAAUCUCUGAAGGUGCCAACAUUGGAUAUUGCUGUCCCAGUCCAUGUACGCACACAGAUGAAAUCCAAGACAGUGGCGCUCCCUGGGGGACUUUGCCAAAGUGCAGUUGAAGAAGAAGAGGAGGAAGUUAAGAACACCCUCAACUUCAUGCUGAUGACCAGGAAAGGCAACAAGCAACAGUUUUCAACGUUGAAUGUGCCAAUGACAGCUGAGUUUGCUGCCAAAUUCCGUGAGAGAGCCCAGGCUGAACGAGCUGAGAAGGAGCGUGUAAAACGUGUUGUUCUAGACAUGCAUGAACGACAAGAGGCAGAAGAUUAUGAAGAGCUGAUUGCUUCAAUGAAUCGUCCUGCUACGACAAAUACAAACAGAGAACGCAAAGUGAAGUAUUCUCAUCCUAAAGGAGCUCCUGAUGCUGAUCUCAUAUUUGGAUCGAAGAAAACUCUGCGUUGAUGGAAACACUGGUGACACCUUGUGUUAAAUGAUGCAACUAUUCAGAGGACAACGUGAGAACGAACGUGAAUUGAGAAUGUGGCGUGACAUGUCGCAACGGAGACGUUACUAUGUUAACCAUAGACGUUACUAUGUGAACCAUAAACGUUUCUAUGUGAACCAUAAACAAUAGUCAGAAUACUUAUUAUGUAUUCAAAGGCAUUGAAGAAACAUUGAAUAUGUUAUACUAACCCCAAGUGAUGAAUUAUUAUGCCAUUCUAAUAAUUCGAACAGAGGAUCAAAUAUUUGUGUUGGUCUUUUAUGCUUAAAACAGUAUUAUUUGCUUUAAAGAGAACAAAUGCUUUUAAGUGUAUUACAUUUCAUUGAGUAAGAGUCCUAAGAAUUCUUGACACACAAAGCAUGUGUCUUAUGUGGGUGUGACUCCAAAAGCUAUUUCGCUAACACCCUAAGAAGAUUACCAUUCUUGGGAAAUACCAAUUAGGGGAGAUUACCAUUUAAGGGAAGUAGCAACCUGGGUAAAUUACCAUUUUAGGGAAGAUAAUCUGGGCAGAUUACCAAACUGGGGGAGACUACAAACCAGGGAAGAUUACCUUCAUUGAAAAUUACUCAGAAGAUUACCUUUGUGAUACCAACCAGUGGUACAUCAACUUUGCAAAAUUAAAUUAUCAAUGAUGAUAGAACACAUUAAAAUUUGUUUCAGUCUGUCUAUGCUGUAUGUUUUCUCAAACGAAAUAUAAUUUCUUCAUUAUUAAGGAAAUUUGAUAUCUCAGGUCUCUUGGUAUUGGUUGGUUAAUUGAAAUUGAUAUCUAAACUAUUUUACCCAUCUACCUAUCUGAAGGUUACCUUGUAAAAGAACUUUAUUUACUGCAUAACAUGUGAAGUAUGACCUUUAUAUACAAUAUGAAAAUGCCUAUAAACUGUCCUAGCAACCGCAAAGCUUGUCGAGUUGUACUUGUACAAUUAAAUGGAAUAAAAUUAAUUGAAUAAAUGUGUUUAUUGAGUCAAUGUAAUAAUGAAA